AUGUCAAUCCUCCCUUCCUUCGGGUUCACACAAGAGCAGGUCGCCUGCGUGUGCGAGGUACUACAGCAAGGAGGGAACCUGGAGAGGCUCGGUCGCUUCCUCUGGUCCCUGCCUGCUUGCGAUCACCUCCAUAAGAACGAGAGUGUCUUGAAAGCCAAGGCCGUUGUGGCCUUUCAUCGAGGCAACUUUCGUGAGCUCUACAAGAUACUUGAGAGUCACCAGUUUUCCCCGCACAACCACCCCAAAUUGCAGCAGCUGUGGCUUAAAGCGCAUUACAUAGAGGCAGAAAAGCUCCGUGGCCGGCCGCUGGGAGCUGUGGGCAAGUACCGUGUCCGGCGGAAAUUUCCGUUGCCAAGGACUAUUUGGGACGGAGAAGAGACCAGUUACUGCUUCAAGGAGAAAUCCCGGGGCGUGUUGCGGGAGUGGUACACCCACAAUCCCUAUCCGUCCCCACGGGAAAAACGAGAGCUAGCCGAGGCUACAGGGCUGACCACAACACAGGUCAGCAACUGGUUCAAAAACAGGAGACAGAGAGACCGGGCUGCCGAGGCCAAAGAAAGAGAGAACAGCGAAAACAACAACACCAGCAACAAUAAACAGAACCAGCUUUCUCCGCUCGACGGCGGGAAAUCUCUCAUGUCCAGCUCAGAGGAUGAAUUCUCUCCACCGCAAAGUCCAGACCAGAACUCUGUGCUUUUGCUCCAGGGAAAUAUGAACCAUCCCAGUGCUCCCUCCUACCCUCUGCACAGCCUUAGUGGCGCACAGUCGGUACACGGCAUGCAAGGACACCCGCACCAGCUCCAGGACUCUCUAUUGGGGCCUCUAACGUCAAGCCUCGUCGACCUGGGGUCCUAG